UCUAGGUGUGAGAACAAGAAAUUAUCUCUGAAAAAGAAUGACUAUAAAAUAGAUUCAUCCCAAUGGGUUAUAGUGGAAGGAUAUACAAAGCAUGGACUUAAACAGCGAUCUCAGGAAAGACAUUUUAGCCAAGUCUCAUAUGCCUCUGAAGACAUGUCCCCUUUCAUUCAGCAUACAUCUCUCCCUCGACAUCAAACAUUUAAUACCAAAGAGAAAUCUUAUGAAUGCCAAAAAUAUAAAAAUGCCUAUGGACAGGACUCAAAACUUACUACACAUCAAGAAGGUCAUACUGGCAAGGAAUUAUAUGACUGUAAGGAAUAUGGGAAGGCCCUUAAUAGAACUUCAAAACUUAGUUCAUAUCAUUCAGUGCAUAUUGGCAUAAGACCCUAUGAAUAUGAGGAAUGUAGGAAGUAUUUGAAUAGUGACUCAGAAUUUAUGCAACAUCAGGUAAUUUUUACUACAGAGAAAGCUAAUGAAUUUAAGGAAAGUGGGAAAGUCUUUACUAGUGCCUCACAGUUUUUUCUACGUCAUAGCAUUCAUACAAGUGAGAAACCCUUUAAGUGUAAGGAGUGUGUUAGAGAAUUUAGUAAUGGUACAGCCCUUAUUCGUCAUCAGAGGAUUCAUACUGGUGAAAAACCCUAUGAGUGUAAAGAAUGUGGAAAGGCUUUUAGUACUAGUUCAAUAUUUAGAGUACAUCAGAGGAUUCACACAGGUGAGAAACCCAAUGAAUGUAAAGAAUGUGGAAAAGCCUUUCGUCAUUCUUCAUACCUUACUCAACAUCAAAGAAUUCAUACUGGUGAGAAACCCUAUAAAUGUAAGUAUUGUGUUAGGGCAUUUAGUAAUGCUUCAGCCUUUAUUCGUCAUCAGAGAAUUCAUACUGGUGAGAAACCGUACAAAUGUAAGGAAUGUGGAAGAGCCUUUAGUACUGGCUCAAUACUUACAGCACAUCAGAGAAUUCACUCAGGUGAGAAACCCUACUUAUGUAAGGAAUGUGGGAAGGCCUUUCGUCAGUCUUCAGACCUUACUCAACAUCAAAGAAUUCAUACUGGUGAGAAACCCUAUGAGUGUAAGGAAUGUGGAAGGGCAUUUCGUCGUUCAUCAGAACUUUCUCGACACAAGUUAAUUCAUGCUGAUGAGAAAUUGUAUGAAUGUAAGGAAUGUGGAAAGAUCUUGAGUAGAGAUUCAGUACUCAUAAAGCAUCAGAAAAUUCACACUGAUGAGAAAGCCUGGGAAUGUAAUGAAUGUGGGAGAGUUUUCACUUGUGCAACAUACCUGACCCGGCAUCAGCGAAUUCAUACUGGUGAUAAACCAUAUACUUGUAACAAAUGUGGGAAAGCCUUUCUUCGUUCUUCAGACCUUAUUCUGCAUCAAAGAAUUCAUACUGGUGAGAAACCCUAUGAAUGUAAGGAAUGUGGGAAGGCUUUUGCAAGAGGCUCAAAUCUUAAUCGCCACCAAAAAGUUCAUAAUGGUAAGAAAUAGUAUGAAAGAAAGUUUUGUAAGACAUUUAGGCAUAUCUUUCAGGUAACAUGAAAUGAAAGAGAAACCACAGAUAUGUAAUAUAAGAAAUCCUAAGAAUUUAUUGGUAAAAUAUAGAAAUAUAAUAAAUAGAGAAUGCCUUAUGUGUUUCACAGUUUAACUACCAUAAGAAUAAAAUGAAUAUUGGAAGGCUUCUACCAAUGGCUCAUUCCUUUCUAAAUUUUAAAAACUUUUUAUCAUGACUGGAGA